UACUGACGUGCCACUGAUUACUCAACAGCUACAGAACAUAAUAACUAUCCGACAAAAGAAAUAGACACCAUUUAUUUUAAUAUUUUAAAUAAUCAAACAGACAAUAUUUUUUUAUUAAAAUUUGUUUUAAUAUUGUGUUAAUAGUGCGGAUGUUUAUUUCUCUAAUAUCAUAUUUCUCUAUAUUUAAUGAGUGACAACGAGUAAAAGUGGUAACACUAACAAUUUCAGACUUUGUAUGGUAACUGUUACAGAAAUGUCCACCAAUGCACCCCUUCCCUUAAACGUGUCACUGGAUUUCGAACCCCUCCACACUCGUUCCAGCAUCAGUUGUAUAUAAGUAGCUAGCCGACUUUUACGACCACGCACACACAUCACGGCCGAAUCUCGAACUGUUGCAUUGGCGUAAUAACGAGAAACCGAUCACGGUAUACCUGUUCGCUGUUCACGACCAGGUCGUAAAACGGUAAUUAUGACUGUCGCUGUCCAUUGGUUUAGAAACGGCUUAAGGUUGCACGACAACCCAGCCUUGAUUGAAGCUCAUAACAAUGCUGAAAAGCUUAUUACACUGUACAUUUUUGACGAAACAACGUUCAAUGCAAAAUGGUAUGGCUACAAUCCGAUGCGAUUUCUUCUGGAAAGUUUAAAGGACCUGAAUAAGAAUUUAACUUUAGUUGGAGGAUGUUUGUACAUACUUCAAGGAAACCCUGUUAAUAUAUUUAAAAUUAUCAAAGAAAAGAUAGGCCUAAAUUUUAUUACUUUUGAACAGGAUUGUGACCAUAUUGGUAGAAAACGUGAUGAAAAGGUGAAGACAUUUUGCAAUGAAAAUGAUGUAAAAUACAUUGAGAAAGUUUCCCAUACACUGUGGAAUCCAAAAACAAUAAUUGAAAAAAAUGGUGGAGUACCUCCAUUUACUUUUAAACAGUUCCAAAAUACAGCAAACCAAAUUGGUCAUCCUCCAAUACCAGUAGGUAAUGUAGACUGGCUGAGUGUAAUAUUUGAGGAACUUCCAGCUUCUGUUCUAGACGAAAUUAAGGUUCUGCACAAUCCGACCCCGGAAACCUUUGGAAUUUAUCCAGAAGUUCCAGAAAAUCUUACAUCUCCAUAUCGUUGGUACGGCGGUGAGACCAGAGCUUUAGAACAGUUAAAGGAACGACUUGAAUAUGAAAGAGAAGCAUUCGUGAAUGGAUUUUACUUGCCUAACCAAGUAAAUCCUGACCUUUUGAGCCCACCAUCUAGCCUUAGCGCUGCUUUACGAUAUGGAUGUUUAUCCAUAAGAAAGUUUCACUGGGAACUUUCAAAACUGUUUAUCAAACAAUUCGAAGGAGAUUUAUUACCUCAGUACAGCGUGACCAGCCAACUCAUUUGGAGAGAUUACUUUUACACUAUGUCUAUUGACAACAAGAACUUUGGCCAAAUGGAGGAUAACCCGGCAUGUAUUUCAAUACCUUGGAAUGAUGUAAAAAUUCCCGAAAAUAAAAAGAUGUUGGAAUGUUGGAAAGCCGGCAAAACUGGAUAUCCUUUCAUAGACGCCGGGAUGAGACAAUUGAUGCAGGAAGGAUGGGUUCAUCACGUAGUACGAAAUUCGUUGGCAUCUUUUUUGACGAGAGGCGAUCUCUGGAUUAGCUGGGUCGAAGGUUUGAAUCAUUUUAUGAAGUAUUUGCUGGAUGCUGAUUUUUCCGUUUGCGCUGGUAACUGGAUUUGGGUGUCAAGCUCUACGUUUGAACAGCUGUUGGACUGCCCUUUGUGUGUUUGCCCUGUCAGCUAUGGUUUAAGGCUCGAUCCAUCUGGCGAAUACAUUAAACGAUAUGUUCCUGAAUUAAAAAACAUGCCCGCCCAAUAUUUGUACGAACCAUGGAAGUGUCCCGAAUCAGUUCAAAAACAGGUGGGAUGCAUUAUUGGCAAGGACUACCCUAAUCGCAUUGUCGACCAUACAAUAGCAUCACGAGGAAACAGAAAGAAAAUGCUGGCAUUGCGUGUUUCGAUGACAAACGAUAACAUGCAGGUACCACAUUGCUGUCCUUCGGAUCGUGAAGAAGUUCAAAAAUUCAUGUACCUUCCUGAUGAAUGCAUCCAACAGUUGCUUCCUUUGGAAAACAACGAUAGCGAAGCGUAUGAUUUCUACAAAUGUCAUUGAAUCAUA